UUCUUACAAUUUUCUAAGAAGACCGCGGACGAUACGUGUCAAUUCGAAGUCUAACGUUAAAGUUGAACAGAAGAAAAUAUCUGUGAGUUAUAAUUAUCCUGAUCGAUAAUUAAUUUGUCGAGAAGAAAGAAGAAAGAUUUUACAUCUGUGAUUAAUUGUGAAUCCUAGACAAAUUCAUUUACUGUCAUAUUUAUUGUGAUUAAAAGCCGAAUUUGACAUCUAUCAAAAUGCCGGCUGAAGUUACAAUGAUGGAUUCCAACGAAGUCGAAACUUUCGUCUUUCAAGCUGAAAUUGCUCAAUUAAUGAGCUUGAUCAUCAAUACAUUUUAUUCAAAUAAAGAGAUUUUUAUUCGAGAAUUAAUUUCCAACGCAUCCGACGCUUUGGACAAAAUUCGUUAUGAAUCUCUUACGGACCCAACAAAGUUAGAAUCAUGCAAGGAAUUAUUUAUUAAGAUCGUUCCCAACAAAAAUGAUCAUACACUUACUAUCAUUGACUCAGGUUGUGGAAUGACCAAAGCUGAUCUCGUCAAUAAUUUGGGUACUAUUGCAAAAUCUGGUACUAAAGCCUUUAUGGAAGCUUUGCAAGCUGGUGCUGAUAUUUCUAUGAUUGGUCAAUUUGGUGUUGGUUUCUAUUCUGCUUACUUAGUAGCAGAUAAAGUUACAGUAAUAUCAAAACAUAACGAUGAUGAACAAUAUUUAUGGGAAUCAUCUGCCGGUGGUUCUUUCAUAGUUCGUCCUGACAAUGGUGAACGUAUUGGAAGAGGUACUAAAAUAAUUUUGCAUAUUAAAGAAGAUCAAACUGAAUAUUUGGAGGAAGAUAAAAUCAAAGAAAUUGUUAAAAAACAUUCGCAAUUUAUUGGUUACCCAAUAAGAUUACUCGUCGAGAAAGAAAGGGAUAAAGAAUUAAGUGAAGAUGAGGAUGAUGAUGAUGAACCAUCGAAAGAAAUGGAAGUUGAUGAUGAAAAACCGAAAAUUGAAGAUGUCGGUGAAGACGAUGAAGAAGAAAAGUCUACCUCUGAAAAGAAAAAGAAGAAAAAGGUCAUCAAAGAAAAAUAUACUGAAGAUGAAGAACUUAAUAAGACCAAACCAAUUUGGACCAGAAAUCCAGAUGAUAUUACACAAGAAGAGUAUGGUGAAUUUUACAAGAGCUUGACAAAUGAUUGGGAAGAUCAUUUGGCUGUUAAACAUUUCUCAGUUGAAGGUCAAUUAGAAUUCAGAGCUUUGCUUUUCAUACCAAGAAGAGCACCAUUUGAUCUUUUUGAAAACAAAAAGAAGAAAAAUAAUAUUAAAUUAUACGUUAGGAGAGUCUUCAUCAUGGAAAAUUGCGAAGAUAUUAUUCCAGAAUAUCUUAACUUUGUUAAAGGUGUGGUUGAUAGCGAAGAUCUUCCAUUAAAUAUCUCUCGUGAAAUGUUACAGCAAAAUAAGAUUCUCAAAGUUAUCAGAAAGAAUCUUGUAAAGAAAGCUUUAGAAUUAUUUGAAGAAUUAUCCGAAGAUAAAGAUAAUUACAAAAAAUGUUACGAACAAUUCAGUAAAAAUUUGAAAUUGGGUAUUCACGAAGAUAGUCAAAAUAGGAAAAAGCUUUCUGAAUUAUUGCGAUACAAUACAUCCGCUUCGGGUGAUGAAAUGUGUUCGCUUAAAGAUUACGUUGGUCGUAUGAAAGAAAAUCAAAAACAUAUUUACUACAUCACAGGAGAAAGCAAAGAACAAGUAGCCAAUAGUUCAUUUGUUGAACUUGUUAAGAAACGUGGUUUUGAAGUUGUUUAUAUGACAGAGCCCAUUGAUGAAUAUGUUGUUCAACAAUUGAAAGAAUUUGAUGGCAAACAAUUGGUCUCUGUUACUAAAGAAGGUUUAGAACUUCCAGAAGAUGAAGAAGAAAAGAAGAAAAGAGAGGAAGACAAAGCUAAAUUUGAAAAUCUUUGCAAAAUUAUGAAAGAUAUUCUUGACUCAAAAGUAGAAAAAGUAGUCAUCUCUAACAGACUUGUUGACUCUCCAUGUUGUAUUGUUACAUCCCAAUAUGGAUGGACAGCCAAUAUGGAAAGAAUAAUGAAAGCUCAAGCUCUUCGUGAUACAUCUACCAUGGGAUAUAUGGCUGCCAAGAAACAUUUAGAAAUCAAUCCUGAUCAUCCUAUUAUGGAAAUUCUAAGACAGAAAGUAGAAACUGAUAAACAUGACAAAUCUGUUAAAGAUUUGGUAAAACUCUUAUUUGAAACUGCUCUUCUUUCUUCUGGAUUUGCUCUUGAAGAUCCACAAGUACACGCAUCGAGGAUAUACAGAAUGAUCAAAUUGGGUCUUGGUUUUGAAGACACUGAAACGUUUAAUGAAGAGGAAGAAAAAAUGGACACUGAUCUUCCUACUCUUGAAGGAGAUGCAGAAGAAACUUCGAGAAUGGAAGAAGUAGAUUAAUACUUUAAUCUGAUUUGUCAGAAGCGUUAAUUCCAAAGACUUUUAGGAUUUAGUAAAAAAAAAAAGACUGGUUUGAAGACUAAUUGUGUAACGAUAGUAGUAUUUCUUUACUUUUUCUAUUUUUUUUAUUUUUGGUUACUUCUUUUGCCUUAUUCAAAAGGUCUUAUUAUGCGAGACAGAAUGAAGUUGUCAUGCUUAGUUUUAUUUUUUUUUUAUCUUCGAAGCAUGUUAUUUAGUAUGAAAGAGAUACGAGCGGAGAGUGUGUUAAAAGGGUGUAAAAGAAUUAUGUUUGCAUGUUUGUACGAACAAAGUUGUAUUAUUCGUGCGUCUCACUUAAUUCUAAUUGAUAGUUAAUUUUUUACUUCUAAAGAAAAAAAAAAGAUUCCUAUAUUUUCUAAGUGAAAAGAUUAUUGAUCUGUUAUUUUUAUAUUUUUUUUUUAUCUUUCAAUAUUCUCUCCAUUAUUUUUUACUUUAGUCAUUCCGUGCUUAACAUCACAUAGAUUGAAUAUUUAA